UCUAACAGCUGAUUAUUUUGUUUGCAAUUCUUAUCGCAUUUGAAACUUGUUUAUCCCACUAUAACUUUUAGUGUCUUGAAUUUUUGAACACCUUGCAAUUGUAUUAGCUACCAAUAUACAAAGAAAAUGGUGAUAAAGUUCGAUUUAAUUGCUGCGGCAUGUGAAAAUAUGGGCAUAGGAAAGAACAAUGAUCUUCCUUGGCGCCUCAAGUCCGAAUUGGCUUAUUUUUCCCAAAUGACCACACAAACAAGUGAUGCGAAUAAAAAAAAUGUUGUGCUCAUGGGGCGCAAAACAUGGGAUGCAAUUCCUCCCAAAUUUAAACCUUUAAACCAAAGAUAUAAUUUUAUUAUGUCACGUGCAGGUGUUAAUCUUGAGGGCUAUAAAGAUUGUUUCAGUUUCAAGAGUUUGGAUGAAGUUAUAAGCAAACUUCAAGAUGAGAAAUUUAAACAACAGUAUGAAAAUGUGUGGGUAAUUGGGGGAAGUUACAUAUACGAGGCAACCAUGAAUUCGAAAUACUUCCAUCGCUUGUAUUUAACAAAAGUUCUCAAAACUUUUGACUGUGAUACUUUCUUUCCAAAAAUGAAAGACAACUUAGUCAAAGUUAGUGACCCAAGGGUCCCUGAGAAAAUCCAAGAAGAAAAUGGAAUUCAGUUCGUGUAUCAUGUAUACGAAAAUCCUGACUUUAAUAAGGCUUAAAAAUAUACUUGUACUUUGCGUACUGCUAAUGUUUUGUAUGAUUAAAAUUAAGGCACUUUGAGUAAAAGAAUAUUAAAAAGUAA